UUUGAGAAGAAGACAAGCGACACAGUAAACCAGGAGCAAGCAAGAAAUUCUCACCAAAGUGCCAAGACGUGAGUUAUUCAAGUGGCGAAGCUCGUUUGCAUUAGAUGGCGGUCCAAGCUGCGCGCAAUCCGAACUCCCUGAAGCUGGCCCAGGAUGUGCGACCGCCGAGCGUCACAAGCCGGAAACGAAAGAUGCGAAUGCCCGAACUGCCACUCUUCACCGAAACUUCGGUCACGUCGCGCCCCCUCGCGGACGUUCGUCGCCAAGGUUCUAGCGUGGUGGCGUUCGCGGCCAUGUUCCUGCUGCUGACCACGGCGACGGUGCUCUAUCUGCGCAUCCCCCCGCAGCAACGUUCCCUGCGCGGCAAGAGACCCAUCAGCAACGCGCCUCUGGGAAGCUUCAGCAGCUGGGCUGCCAUCGUCGGCCACGAACGGUGCAACCACGUGCCCAGGAAGAUUCUCAUCGAGAUGAAUGGCACCGCAGCCGACGCUGCCGUAGCGUCUAUGCUGUGCGUCUGCGUCGUGUUGUCCCACGCCUGCGGCCUCGGCGGCGGGUUUUUCGCCCUCCACUAUAAGAACAAGACCCCGUCGGAGGUGAAGUUUGUGGACGCAUGGGAGACGGCUCCUCUGCAAGCUUCCGAAGCCCAUUACGUCGCCUAUCACAACGACACCAUCUUCGGUGUGCGUUCGGCCGGCGUUCCCGGUCAAGUGAGCGGCUUCCGAGAGCUCCUGGACGCGGGAGGCUCACGCUUGCCCUGGGCAGCGCUCUUCGAAGAAGCGAUCAAGGUGGCCUCGCAAGGAGCGCCCGUAACGACGGAGAUGGCACGGCAGCUGGCACGCCGACGGGCACACGUCCUGGCGAACCCGGCGUUAAGGUUGCUGUACACGAAGAACGGCCUAGACACCUUAGUCGGGCCGGAAGACGUGGUGGUCAACGAGCCCCUGGCUCGAACUCUCCAGAUUCUGGCCGCGAAAGGGAGCGCAGACUUCUACACCGGGAGCGUGGCCGCCGACCUAUUACGUGACGUGCGCACCUCGGACGGACUCUUGACAGAGAAAGACCUGGCCGAGUACCGUGCGCGCGUGGGUAAUGCCACCGGCAUGCAACUGGACAAAGUUAUGACCAUGUGGUCAGCCCCGCCCCCUUCGUCUGGCAUCGUGGUCAGCUUCAUACUGGCGCUGAUGAGCAGGUUCCGCCCGUCGGAGAGCAUGACGCUACCGGACGACGGUGCGACGGCGCUCCGGUUGGUCGAGGCCUUCAAGUACGCCAUCGCGCGCAGAGGCCGCCUCGAAGACCCCCUCUUCGGUGACGUCACCAGGGAGAUGGAGGAACUGCAGAACGCCGACGCGAUCACGCGCAUCGCUGCCAACGUGGGCGACAAGCCACGCGAGCACGUCGAGGACUACGGCUGGCGGGCACCCGCGGCCCAGGACCACGGUUCCAGCUUCGUCGCCGUCGUGGCACCCGACGGGGACGCCGUCGUCCUGGUUGCCUCGCUCAACUGGGACUUCGGAUCGCUGUGGCUGUCGCCGUCCACGGGCGUGCUGCUGAACAACCGACUGGACGCGUUCUCGUACCCGGGCCGCACGGGCUUCCAGGGCUACCCGGAGCAGCUGACCAACCGCAUAGCGCCCGGCAAGAGGCCCAUGUCCUCAGCCGCGCCGCUUCUGUUCACCUCUGACGGGCUGCUACGGGGCUUGGGAGCGCCCACCGGCGGACCACUGGCUAUCACGGGGGCUGCCCAGGUGGCGAUGCGCGCCCUCUGGAUGCAGCACACCAUCAAGGAGGCCAUCGACUGCGGCCGUCUGCAUCACCCGCUGCUGCCGGACUCCGUGCGCGCGGAGGAAUACGUGGACGCGGACAUCCAAGAGAACCUCCAGCAGCGCGGUCAUCGGCUACGACUCAUGCGGUGGCAAGGCACUGUCCACGUCAUCUUUAAACUACGUCAACGUCACAUGUUAACGGCGUACGAUACCCGCGAAGGAACACCGGGAUUUGACGGCGACUAACCACUAAUGCUGACAACGCUCAAGCGUUUCAUUCACGCAUGUAACUGCGUAUACGCUUUAUCAUUAAUCUUAUACGUUGCCGGAAUUUCUCUAUACGUAAACUCUGUGUACGUGUGUUCAUCCUCUUGAUGGACUUGUUGAUGCAGGUGUCAAGAUAUUAACACUAGUGCAAGAAAAAUUGAAAAGGCGCACAAAAUCCAUUUCUGUAUCUGCCUCUUCUAUGUUUAGGCCUACAUAACAAGAACAAACUAGAUCCAGUCAUUACUUUGCUGAUUGCUGUAAUGAAAUGUUACGUUAAGAAAUGAAUUACCGUUUCCAAAUACUGUAAUAAUCUCUACCCAGAGAACUAAACAAGCUUUAAUGGAUGGAUAAACUUUACCUGCUUUGAAA